CAGCAGCAGCAGCAAAAGCAACAGCAACAGCAACAGCAACAUCACCCUCUACUCAAAGAAUAUUUUACAUAUCUUUAUAAUGGGGAGCUAAAGGAACGCCGCCAAUUGGAUGACAGGGAAUGCCCAUUGAGUUUUACGGCCAUGCGUCACGUCGAAUCGAUUGUGCAAUGGCCGCUCGUGGCGCUGCCUUGGCGCAUUAGGGAGCGCAUGAAAACGGCCAGUGUUGCCUUGGUGCUAUGCCUCAACAUUGGCGUCGAUCCGCCGGAUGUGGUCAAAAUCCAGCCCUGCUCACGGCUCGAAUGUUGGAUCGAUCCCAGCUCGGUGUCGGCACCAAAGGCCAUGGAGCUAAUCGGCAGCAAUUUGCAAAUGCAAUACGAACGCUGGCAGCCACGUGCACGAUAUAAAAAAUGCCACGAUCCCACCGUGGAGGACGUCAAGAAACUGUGCACCUCGCUGCGGCGCAACGCCAAAGGCGAACGCAUACUCUUCCAUUACAAUGGACACGGUGUACCCAAGCCGACCGCCAAUGGCGAAAUCUGGGUCUUCAACAAGACAUUCACACAGUAUAUACCGCUGAGCAUAUUCGAGCUAAUCAAUUGGAUGGCCGCACCCUCGAUCUAUGUGUAUGACUGCUCCAAUGCCGGCAUCAUCAUCAACUCGUUUCAGCCCUUUGCCGAGCAGCACGAGCAUGAGCUGGAGAAGGCCCUGGCCGCCGGCACGCAGCCGGCUGGCCAGCUGGUCAGCUACAAGAACUGCAUACACUUGGCGGCCUGUGCGGCCAAUGAGAUAUUGCCAAUGAAUGCCCAGCUGCCGGCGGAUCUGUUUACCAGCUGCCUAACCACGCCCAUCAACAUCGCCCUCAAGUGGUACGCGAUGCAGGAGAAACUGGGCAUGGUGCCGCGCAUACAGAGCGAACUGAUCGACAAGAUACCGGGCAAGGUGAACGAUCGCCGCACCAUGAUGGGCGAACUGAAUUGGAUAUUCACAGCGAUAACGGACACGAUUGCCUGGAACACGCUGCCACGCGAGCUGUUCCAGCGGCUGUUCCGCCAGGAUCUGCUGGUGGCGAGUCUCUUCCGCAAUUUCCUGUUGGCUGAGCGCAUCCUGCGCAGCCACGACUGCACGCCGGUCUCGCUGCCCGCUCUGCCGCCGUGCCAUCGGCACGCCAUGUGGAAGGCCUGGGACUUGGUGGUCGACUUGGCACUGCAACAGCUGCCGGAUAUACUCGAACAGCAGGCGGCCUACCGCCAGUUGCCGUUCUUCGAGCAUCAGUUGACCGCGUUCCAGGUGUGGCUCGACAGCGAAUCGGAGUCCCGGACGCCGCCCGAGCAGCUGCCGAUUGUGCUGCAGGUGCUCUUGUCGCAGGUGCAUCGAUUGCGUGCCCUGGAGUUGCUGGCACGCUUUCUCGACCUGGGUCCAUGGGCCGUCAACCUUGCCCUGGGCGUCGGCAUCUUUCCCUAUGUGCUGAAAUUGCUGCAGAGCUCCACGCGCGAGCUGCGACCGGUGCUGGUCUUCAUCUGGGCCAAGAUACUCGCCGUCGACCCCAGCUGCCAGGUGGACCUGGUCAAGGAAUACAAGUACUUCCUCACCGUGCUGCAGGACAACAGCGUUAGCAAGCAGCAUCGCACUCUGUCCGCCUUUGUGCUGGCCUCGAUUGUCCACAACUUCCUGCUGGGCCAGACGAGCGCGCUGCAGGGACCCCUGCUCUCCAUCUGCCUGGAACAGCUGAACGACAGCAGCUGGCUACUGCGCCAGUGGCUGGCCAUAUGCCUGGGCAUGCUCUGGCAGAAUUUUGAGAAGGCCCGUUGGUCGGGCGCCCGCGACUUGGCGCACGAGAAGCUCUAUGUGCUGCUCCGCGAUCCCAUACCGGAGGUGCGAGCCGCUGCCGUGUUCGCCCUGGGCACCUUCAUCAGCUCCGUGACCGAUCGCAGCGAGGGACAAGCGAACAAUAUUGAUCGCAUCAUAGCCAUCACGCUGCUGGAGACGGUGGGCGAGGAUAUGUCGCCGCUGGUGCGGCUCGAGCUGGCGGCAGCGCUGCAAUGGAUGGUGCUGCUCUUCGAGUCGCAGUUCGUCACGGUCUACACGGCGGAGCAUAUGAACAGCCAGAGCUCGGCUCUGGUUUCGUGCGGCGGUGAGCGCAGCGCCAGCAUCACUCAUGGCAUGCCCAAUGCUCCGCCCGCCAGCUAUGCCCAGUACACGCACAGCCUGGAGCGGCAUGCCCAUGUCACCAUCAGGCGUGGCGUUAGCUCCAGCUCCAUUUCGAACAUGGCCAGCUCCAGCUCGAUGUCUGGCAAUUCCGUGGGCAGCGCCAGCGGCAGUGGCGGCGGCGGCGUCGGCGUCGCUGGCAACUGCAGCAGCAACUCGGGCAGCACGGCGACCACAAAUGCGAUACCCUUUCAAUAUAUCUUCACCAAGCUCUGGCAGGGCAUCUACAAUCUGGGCCAGGAUCCGUUUCCCACAGUCGCCGCAACAGCCCAGAAGAUCAUUGCGCACGUGCGCGAUACGGCGCUGUGCUUGAUCACCGCCAAGGAGGCGACGAAUGCCACAGCUGCCGCUGGCAUUGGCGGCUCCUCCGGUGGACGAGAUCAGCAAAAGCUGAAUAGCAGCAUCCUGAGCGUCAGCCUGCCGCCCAGUCCCAAUACGCGCUGCAAUUAUCUGAGCGCCAGUGGCGAGUCGCCGCCGGUGGGCGGAGCAGCUGUGGCUGUGGCAGCAGCAGCAGCGGCGGCGGCGGCGGCAGCGGCGGCUUCGUCCGGCAACAAUCGCUGGUCGCAGAAGCCGCGUCUCUCCGGCAGCAACGAGGCGCAGCAGCGCAAGCUGCGCACCACCUCGAUGAGCGACGAAACCGAUGGCGGCGCUCCAACGGGCUCGACAGCUGCCACAGCCGCGAGCUCCGCUGUGCUGGGACUGGCGGCGGGCGCCCAUGCGGCCGAUGGCAGCAAUUCGGCGCGCAGCAGCGGCAGCGAGACGAACCACUAUGCCGACGCGAGCAACGCCAAGACGCAGCAGCUGCAGCCGAUUGUGCAGACACAGUUCAUACCUUGGGCCAUUUCGUACUUUACGCGUCCGGGCAAGCAGCGCUACAGCAGCGCAGAGAGCGGCACCGAGGAGGAGGAGGGUCAGCAGCGCUGGCCCGUCGAUCGCAAUUCGGCGGAGCUGCGCAAACGCGAGUAUCGCUAUCAGCGCAACGAGCAGAUCCGCCGCACGGCGCGCCGCGAGCAGCAGGAGCAGCGCGUCCAGCGACUCGACGCGUUCAGCUUUGUGCGCAAGACGCAGUGCACGCCGUCGCUAGUGAAGCUAUUGCCGUAUGAGCAGCAGAUUGCCGUCGCCUACAAGGAGAAGGUGCUCGUCUAUGACUUCGUGCGCAAUCUGGUCCAUAGCUAUGUGACGGAGGCUGUGCCCGAUGGCGGCGGCGCUCAGUCCGUGGGCAGCAGCACCAACAGCAGCGGCGCUGUUGUCGGCGGCGGCGGCGGCAGCAACAGCGGCGGCGGCGGCAGCAGCGGCGGCGGCGGCAGUGGACGCAAGAUUAGCCGCCUGCCCGCCACCAUAUUCGCGCGUGUCAGCAGCUUCGAGCUGCUGAAUGCCCAGGACGUGGGCCUGAUGCUGGUCGCCCACGAUGAUGGCGUCAUACGCGUCUGGCAGUCAACGGGCGGGCCGCAGGAGAACUCGAGCGGUGGCUCCGGCGAGCCGCAAGCAAUAACCACAUCUUUGAUCAGCGCCUGGGAUGCGUUCCCUCGCACCGGCUAUAACAGCGGCUGCGGCGGCGGUGCCGGCAGCAGCGGCGCCGGCGGCAGCGGCAGCAGUGCCAGCGGCAGCAUCAACAGUUCCUAUUUGCAGCGAUUGCUGAAGACGGAUCCGCUGGCAGCGGUCGGCAGCAGCGGCGCUGCCACCACCUGCAUCAGCGGCCCCACGGCGGCAUCGGGUGCUGCAGUUGCGGUUGCCGCAGCCAUGGCCAGCGGCUCGAAUAGCCACAGCCAUAGCCAUAGCCAUAGCCAUAGCCUGGGCCAUAGCCACUAUCGCACCUCCACGGACAUUGUGACCGCUUGGCAGCAGUAUUGCCAGCACCUGGUCGUGGGCUGUGAAGCCUAUCGCUUCCUGCGCAUUUGGGAUGUGGAGCGGGAGCUGCGACUGAACGAUCUGCCGCUGGGACGCCGCGAGACAAGCGUGCGCGUUCUCUCGCCGUUCGUGGCCAACAAGCGCUGGGAUCUGAUCGUGGCCGGCUGCGCGGAUGGCAGUGUCCGGCUCUUCGACAAACGCUGUGCACCUCAAGACGCCCGGAUUCGUGUCUAUCGCGAGCAUACGGCGCCCAUACUCCAUGCCUGCCUACGGGCAAAUGAUACGUCUCUCGUUACGGGCUGCACGGCGGGCAAGGUGAAUGUUCUGGAUUUGCGGGCGAGCGGCACGUCCGGCGUCUUCCAUCAGUGGGAGGCGGGCAGCGAUAUUACGGCCAUGGCCAGUCACCAGGUGGCGGAUGCUAUCGCCUGUGGCAACGCCUCGAAGAUCUGCAUCUACUCGCUCAACGGACGCACCCAGAGCGUGCUGCGCAGCAACGAGGGCUUCAUGGGCUCCAAAAUUGGACAUCCCACAUGCCUGUCAUUUCAUCCGUAUAAGGUGCAACUGGCGGUGGGCUUUGUGGACAACACGGUAGCUGUCUACAGCCCCACACCAGUUUUAUAAACUCUGCAGCCGCUGGAAAACGGACGUCGAUAAGAAUCCUGAAACAAUGUUUUAUGCACGUAGCUUCA